AUGACCUUACGGGUCGUGCCCAGCAUCUUGGGCAAGAGGGGAUUUCAAGAGCUUUACGGCACCCCUCGACUCCCAAUCCUCGCUGCAGCUCAGCGAUUCCCUCUCAACUUAGGCAUCAGGCAGUAUGCCACUGUCGAGGCAGAACGAGGCCGCGAUAGUGCUCCGCCUCCAGGAUUUGAUGCCUCCAAAGCAAAGCAGAGCCCCAGUGCGUCUCCGUCGACCACCAGCAACCCCGAACCCUCCGAGCAGACUCCUUCCUCUCGUGGCUCCUCCAAACCUCACUCCUCGACUUCGGCCCCAACGGAUUGGGAGGAAAAUCCGGACCUGAGCAUUUCAAAGUUCUCUGAGCUACCUGGUAAGGAUUUCGGUGUCAAUCAGCACAUCAUCAUCAAUGAAGAGUUUAAGGAGGCAUUGAGACAAAUCCUGUGGAAGUUUCGGGCGCCCAUUCGCUACGCCUUUGCCUAUGGCUCAGGUGUCUUUCCUCAGAGCGCCGGGAAAAGCGGAGGCUCCAAGAACUUGCACCCAAAUCCUCCCGAAGCGGUAGCCAAAGUGCAGGAUGGGAACCAGAAAAUGAUUGAUUUUAUCUUCGGGGUCUCGUAUUCCCAGCACUGGCACUCCUUAAAUCUGCAAGAACACCGAGACCACUACAGUUGGGUGGGUUCCUUGGGAUCCUACGCUGUCUCCAAAGUUCAAGAGUCCUUCGGGGCAGGGGUGUAUUUUAACCCUUACGUCACCGUCAAUGGAACUCUGAUCAAGUACGGAGUGGUCAACUUGGAUACUCUCUGCCGAGAUUUGUCGGAAUGGGACACCCUAUAUCUCGCCGGCCGCCUGCAGAAGCCGGUGAAGAUCUUACGGGACAAUCCUGCGGUCCGCCUGGCAAAUCAGGUCAACCUCAUCGCCGCAGUCCGCACGGCAUUGCUUCUUCUUCCACCCGAGUUCACUGAAAAAGAAUUGUACUCGACCAUCGCAGGGAUUUCGUACAUGGGCGAUCCGCGAAUGAGCAUCGGUGGAGAUGACCCUCGAAAGGUUGAGAACAUUGUCAAACAUCAGUUGCCCAAUUUCCGCCGUCUUUACGCACCGUUGAUUGACAACCUUCCCAAUAUCUCUUUCAAUGAUCCCGUCUGCUCGAACCGAGACUGGCUGGAUGACCCAACGGUCAAUUCCAAGCUGGCUCAAAAUAUGGACCCUGUCACCCGCGGGCACAUGGUCCGCCGUCUUCCCAACGCCUUUCGAAAGAAAUUGUACUUUGAAUAUCAAUCCAAAUUCAGAAUCCCACGAGGCGAAUUCAACACAAUGCUUGAAAAGACCAAAGAUGAAGACCCAGAUCGCAUUCGUCGGCGAGAAGGCGGGCCUUUUGAGCAACGCAUCGCUCAGGAUACCGAGGGUGGAGGGCUGAGGGAAGAAGUAAAACAGGUGAUUGAGAGUACGAUCCGGUGGCCCAGUCUGGUGCAGAGCGUCAAAGGCGCCGUGACGGCCGGCUGGUCGAAGAGUGUCCGGUACGCGAGGGAAAAGAGGGAGAAGGGUAAGAAGGGUGCCCAGGCUCUUGGGGAAGUAUCUGAAAAGGACAAGAAAAGUGAUUAG